AAUUGAAAUCCGCUACAGAUCAAGAAAGAAAAGAUAAUAAUAACACGAUAAAAUUGCUUCAAGAAGAGCUGCAAAAGAAUAAGGAUGAACUUAAAUUGAAGGAAGACAAUCUUAAUUCAAAUCUAAAGGAUCUUUCUGAUGCUCUUGACAAAUUGAGUGCUUCUCAACAGGCAUUAGAUGAAAUUAUGACGAAUUCAGCUGCCAAAGACAAACAGUAUAGUGAAGAAACGAAGAGACGGGAAACUUUGUUGGAAGAAUCACAACAAAAUUAUAAUAGAGAGCUUGCAGCUCAUGCUGCCGCUGUACAAUCUUUGAAUGAUAUACAACAACUGCAUAAAGUGCUACAGGAAGAAUUUAAUCAAUUUAAGAUUAAAGCUCAACAAACGGAAUCUUCCUUGAAUGAUGAAAGAGUGCGGUUUGAAAAAGAAUUAGCAGAAUUCCAACAAAAAUGUAAGGAUUUCGAAGAAGAUAACAAAGUUCUUCGCAAUUAUUUCAACAAUACACCUACAGACAUGACUGCGCAGAAUCAAGUAAUAUCUUUGCUACGAAGCGACCAACAGAAGGCGGAAGCAGAAAAGGACUAUUAUGCAAAACAGGCUGAAAGGAACGAGCAGAAAAGGCCGCACCUGAUCAACAACUUACUAAUGAACUACUAGAAGCGCAAAAGUUAUCAAAAAUUCUUGAUGAAAGCAAUCAGACCCUACGAAACGAAAAAGAAAAUUUAGAUAAGAAGAUGGUUGAAUUAGAGUCUUCAAUAAAAAUAUCCGAUGAGAAAAACAAUUCUCUUGAAGACGAAAUCCGAACUUUGAAAGUUGAUCUUAGCACUUAUCAACAAGAAAUAAACCUUCUUAAAGAUGACAACAAUAAAUGGAGAGACAGAUUCCAAACUGUGCUCAACAAAUAUGGU